AUGGGAGCGAAGGCGCGCGCGUGCAUUAAUGGCUUCUACGUCAAGUUCAAGGAUGACGGAUUAAUGGAGGCCUUCAGCCAUCGCUCUCGUUCCGAUGGCUUAAAAAAAGGCAUUUCCAUUGAAUGCUCCGAUUUCAACACGAAAGGAGGGGAUUUCCCCAGUUACGAGAUAUCAUCAUCCCAGGCUUCACGCUCGAAAAAUAAACUUUCCCCCGAACAAAUUUCUCGGGAAGUGACCGCAGCCGUUUUUUCCAGUCCAUUCGACGCCAUGGGAGGAAUUCAGUCCACGUCCGAGGUGGAAGGCGAUGUCGACGCGGAUGCCCCCGAUGCCCUCGGCCUCACGGCCAGGAAUAAGGCGAUCAUCAGGAACUCAUUCAAGCUGCUCCAGCCGAACUUGAAGGGUCAUGGUCAUGCGUUCUUCUGCCACCUGUUCGACACCUACCCCGAGUACCAGGACCUGUUCGUGGCCGUGAGGGGCGUGCCCCCCGAGGAGCUGAAGACGAGCAAGAAGCUGGCCGCCCACGGGCUCCUCUUCAUGACCGCCGUCGAUGCCGUCGUGGCCAACAUGGAGGAGCAGGAGAUCCUCGAGGAGCUGAUGCGGAAGAUGGCCGCCAGGCACAAUCCGUUCGGUCUUACCAAGGCUGAUUACAAGAAGGCAACGCGUCUGUUCGUGGAUUUCUUCCUCUCCAUGCCCGAAGUGGAGAAGCUGGACGUGAAGAAAGACAUCCUCCUCGAGUCCUGGCAGAAAUUGUUCGACGUGGCCGUGGAUGUCAUCGCGAAGUACAUCGAGCCCAAGAACUGAAUGGAUGGUUUCUCCCGCUUUUGUCUACGUGUCGGUUGGUAUGGCAAAGUCGAGCUGGGACGGCUGGGUAGGGACGGCUGGGUAGGGACGGCUGGGUAGGGACGGCUGGGUAGGGACGGCUGGGUAGGGACGGCUGGGU